AUGCUAGAAAUUACGUGCAAAGGUUCGCCCUACGAGAUAGGCUACCAACACGGCACCCAAGCGUCCUCUCAAAUCAGCGGCAGCAUAUCUUUUUACAGCAACCUCUUCCAACAAACCGCAAAACUCUCAUGGCCUCAAGUGCAACAAACAGCUCUAGAAUUCGAAGAAGUAAUACAGCAAAACUGGCCACAAUAUCUAGAAGAAAUGAAAGGAAUAGCAGAAGGAGCUCAAAAGACUCUUGCUGAUAUCAUUGCCUUGAAUGUACGCACAGAGAUCAACUUUGGAUUGUUUAGUGAUGGGUGUACUGCGUUAUCUUGGUUGCAUGAUGAGUCUAGUAUUUUGGCGCAGAAUUGGGAUUGGAUGACCGAACAGAAACAAAAUCUUGUUCUCAUGACUAUUCACCAGCCAAACAAACCCACCAUAAAAAUGGUCACAGAAGCAGGUCUCAUCGGUAAAAUCGGUUUGAACUCUGCAGGUGUGGGUGUAUGUCUCAAUGCCAUCAGAGCAAAAGGCAUGGAUAAGACGCGAAUGCCAUGUCAUCUUGGCCUGCGUGCAGUGCUAGAGAGCAACUCCUGCAAAGAAGCACUUGACACUCUCGAGAAAUAUGGUAUAGCGUCUUCAUGCCAUAUGUUGGUGGCAGACUCGAACGGUAGUAUGGGACUGGAGUGGAGUUACAAGGAUCUGCAAGUCCUGAAGGAGAAUGAGAAGAAACAGGUCUUCCACUCGAACCACUAUCUUGUACCGCAUCCGGGGGUAUACGACACAGUGUGGCUGGAGGACAGCAAGUUCAGAAUCAAAAGAAUCCAGGAGAUAUGUGAUGAGCUGGGUCGCUCGCCGACACUGGAAGAGGUGCAAGGGCUGUUCAAGGAUGAGAAAAACUACCCAUUUGCCAUAUGUCGGGCCCAAGAGCAAGGCAACCAUUCUGGAACUCUGUUCAACAUCGUCAUGGACUUGAAGGCGAGAAAGGCUUCGGUGAUACUCGGAAGGCCAGUCACACCGGAAGGGAUUUAUGAGAUAAGCUUUUGA